AAUCAGCUGCUUUCGUUUCGCUCGCUUCGCUUCUGUUUUGAUUUCACUCACAGGAUUUUAGUUUCAUAUAUUACCUAUCUAUAUUGCUUCUAUUGAAGUUCUGAGUAUACUAAUUUACUUAUUUAAGCAACGACAUGGCUGAUAAUAAAAAAAAGAAACUCUACCCUAAGGAAACUGUAACGCCUAGAAGGCCCGUAAUCCUCAAAUCCGAUCGGGAAGCUCCGAAAGAUCAGGUUAAAGAGAAACCCGAGAAAGAAAAGCAACCAACAAUAAUAUUAAAGACCAGGGAGCAAUCUGCACCUAAGGAUGAUCGCCCAUCGAGCCCUAAAGGCCAAUCCAUGGAGUCAGACAUCGGCCAGCCGUGUAAAAUUGCACAAAACGAAAAUAAGGAGAAGAAAAUUAUUGAGAAGCCUAGUCCACCAUUAAAAAUUAUGACAGAGCCAAUAAAACUGUUGGAUGAGCAUCUGGAGUUCAACCCGGCUGCCCUCGAGUUCAUGAAUGAUGCAAGCCUCAACUAUCUAGUGGUGGGAGUUGUAGGCACACAAGGAGUUGGUAAAUCCAUGAUAAUGAACUUGAUAGCGCAGAGCAAACCAUGUGAAGAUAUUUGUCAACGAAUUUUGAACUCACAUGAGCUCCCAAGAGAGUCUGAAUAUGAAGAGAACAAUGUCAAUGCAAUACAGGAUCAAAUUGAAAACAUGAAUUUUGUUGAAAACCCUGAGUCAAAAAAACACUCCAUUGAGGAUACUUUCAAGUUCAAAAUGCAAGAUAUCAAACACAUUGAAACUGGUGUACAUUGCACAAAAGGUAUUGACAUGUACGUAACAGAAGACAGGGUUAUCCUGUUGGACUGUCAAGCAUUAUGGUCACCCUCUCUCAUAGAUGAAGCUGCUAAUACUAACCCAAUAACAACAAGAAGUGCCAAUGUGGUCACUGUGGAUUGUUUGCAACUGGCUUCAUACUUGAUGUCUAUUUGUCAUGUGUUGAUUGCUGUACAGGAUUGGUUCUUCGAUUAUAACUUUGUAAGAUACCUACAAACAGCGGAGAUGCUGUCAGUGUGGUCGCGGGGGGGCGAGGGCGGGGACGAGGGGGGGAGGGGGGACACGCGGCCGCACCUGCUGCUGCUGCACAACCGCUGCGCCGCGCCGCCGCCGCGAGCGAGUGACGCCUACAGGAAAGCAUUCCAACGUUCGAACUUACAGCUCCACUCAGGCAUGUAUCUCUACAGUGACAUCAACAAGAACGGUAUAGGCGUCGACGGUGCGAGCAAAGACUGCAACUUGGAGACCUGUGGCAGUCCGCUCAACAUGUUCCUGCUACCGGAAAUAAGUGAUGAUUAUCAAAAUAAAGACAUAUACAGAGGUCACCCGUCUUUCGAGACCCUGGCGAAGCGUCUCCGAGCCACAGUCUUGGGCGUCCACAGACACGCCAUCACCAACGUACCAAACCUAUCGGAAAAGGGCUGGUUCCACUUCUGCAACAAAGCCUGGGAGUCCAUCAGAAAGUGCACUUUCUUCAUGGAAUACGAGAGAUUCUUACCCUGAACCAUCUAAUGGUAAUUGAGGAUGGUAACAAAGACAACCAAGGAAUGCAAGCGUCGAGAGGCGAGAGAAAUGAAAUUAACGUAAUAGCAAGUGACAUGAUUUUAUUCCUUUACAAGAGCAAGAGUAUUACAAUGUGAGUAUAGAGAUACAAAUUGUCAUUGUUUAUUAUUGGACCCAAUAUAAAAUGGUUCUUUAAAUAUG